AUGGAAUUAAACAUUCCUAUAUUUUUGAGGUUUGCCAUUUUGCUGUUUUACAUUCAUUACUGGAUUAUCUGGUGGUCUAAAGUAGUCAAAACUAGAGUUGUUAUUAAAUGCUCCAGUCAUAUUUAUUUUUAUUAUUUAAAAAAUCAUGUAUUUGGACAUAGGUCAGAACAGCUUCUGAUAGUACACCCUGAGUUUGUAGUUCUCUUUGAAGCCUCACUCAUCUUAUAUAUAGUCAAGACCGAAAGCUUUAUAUGUUCUUUUUACAGUGGUAUUUUUGCAGCAUCUCCCAGUUCCAUUCACUCUUGCUUUAUGGAUUUAAAGAAACCUGCAUAUUUCUUGUACAUAUGCAUGCAAAUGAAAGAAGGGGGUUUGUAUUGGUGCCAUUUCUCCCUUCAGUUACUGAUUCAUGGGAUUCACUAG